UAAGCACUGACAUAUCUCAAUAACUAAGGUAAUGUAGAUCCUGGUUGCAAAUGACAUUGCUGCCAAAAGGCAACGUAAGGACCUAUAUGAAAAAAAGUUUACUUUAGACCGACUGUAAUUGCGGCACCGUGCGGUGACGCUAACGUUAGCUAGUGAAUUAGCCUUUAGCCAACGGCCACGUUGUUCAUUUACUAACCCAGAGACAGCGUUUAGCUCCUGACAACCUUGACUAAGACUUCCCGGUAACUCUACCCUCAUGAUGUCGGACAGCGAGUCCAUAAAGAAAAUGCUGCGCUCUGUGCUCCAGUCAAGCAAGACUGGCGUGUCCAUUGCGAGACUCCAGUCAGACUAUCAGUUGCUGUGUGGGGAGAUCAUCCCUCUGAAGAAACUAGGUUUCGUGAAGCUCGAGGAUUACCUGCGGAGCAUCCCCUCCGUUGUGCGGUUGGAGUACCAAAUGGGCGACGUAAAAUGCUUUGCUGCAGUGUGUAAAGAGACUGCUCACAUUGCUGAGCUGGUGGCCAAGCAGAAGAGCUCUAAAAAAUCAGGAUGCUCCCAAGUUGUCAACUGCAGAAUGAGAUUCAAACCUUCCAAUCCAUACAUGCUCAAUGUGAACCAGAGAUCUCUCCGCCAACCUUUAGCCACUCGUACCGUAAUAGGGUCAGCUAAUCGUUCUUGGUCACGUGGAGGGUACAGGGGCUGCAGUGCUUCAGGAGACUACAGACAGUUGGACCAUAGGUUAAGCACCAUCACACCUGUGGAACACAGACAGCCAGCUCCCCAAACUGCUGUAAAACUGUCUGUUACAACUCACAGAAAAGAGCAAGGUUCAUCAAAAGCCCAGAAGCUUCCAGAGAAGCCUACUAAGCAAACAUCCACAGCUAAUAAAUCCCAGUCUAGUGUGUAUGACGUGGAGCUGGUACAGACAAGAUUAACUCUGCUCCUGGAGAAGUACAGCAAUGGACUGUGGAUGUCAAAGCUCGCAGAUAUCUACAGUGAAAUGUUCAAUCAGAAGCUGCACCCUCAGGUGCUUAUAGACCUGGAGAAGUGGACACACAUUUGUAUGGUGGAGCAGUCUUCCAGCAACAACAGAGUUAACCGUGUGAUCUACCCUCCUCUGCCUCUCAAGCACGCUGCCAUUCCUAGAAGUAGCCCCAGUGAGUCCUCCCCAAAGCUAUCCAGCAAUUCUACUAUUACCACUCCCAUUUCCUCCCCUCCUUCGAUACCUAAGCAGAUCUCUAACCAUCUUCCUGCUUACCCUGAACCCAAACCUAGAGUUUUCCCCAAAAGCCCCUUGGCUAAAGCCACUUUCAUUUUUUCUCAACAACCUGUCGCUGUCUCUUCUGGCAAUCCAUUGUCAUCACCCACUUUGCAUAGCCCUGACCACAAUCCAGCUCCCCAACUGCCCCCAUGUGUCGGCCUUGAUGUCAAUGCCACUGGAGGAUGUGAAGCUAAUCAAGCUACCGACUGCCGUAUAUCUUCCAGUCCACCUGGGCCUGGCAUUUUACCCACUUUAAACUCUGCUUCUGCCUCACCCCCAAAGCCAUCUAUUACUCUGGCAACUGAGGUGGUUCAAAGAAUAAAGGACCUUCUGUCAAAGUAUAGCCAAGGUAUUUGGGCCCAUGCUUUGCCGAAGCUCUUCAUGGACACGUACAAGACGCCCUUCCCUGAACACAUUCUUGACAGUUUGUCUAAUUAUCUGCAUAUAUGGAAUGUGGAGUAUCCAAUAUCGCACAAUAAGAAGGCAAUUCUAUACACUGCCACUACAACUGACAUGGAUACCACAGACUGUGAAGAAAGCCCGGAGUGCAGAAGUCAUCCCCUCCCCUCUGGGCUUCAGGUCCUGAGCGACGUGGUUCCUCACCGGCUGGUUCCUCCUUCAGAGCAGUUCCCAUCUGUACUAAUUACUGAUGUUAAAAGUAGCAAUGCUGUUACUAUAAGGUAUGUAGGUGAGAACUACUCCUAUGCCCAAGAGGCCAUGGAGGAUGCUAUGCGCGCCUUCUACUCCCAAAGCGUCUCUUGCCGUCCUCUACCUAACCCUGUUGUUGGCCAGCUGGUAGCUGUCAGAGAAGAGGAUGGAAAUGAGCUGGCCAGAGGCCAGGUCAUGGAGAUCAUGUCCCCUAAAAGAGUCAAGGUGUAUUAUGUGGACCAUGGUUUCUCUGUGGAGAUAAGUGGGGAUAAUCUGCUAGAGCUGCACCACGACUUCCUUUCCCUCCCCUUCCAGGCUGCUAAUGUUAGGCUUGCAGGACUUGAGGCAUUCAGCUCCCAUCCCCUCCUCGUGUCCUGCCUGGGCCAUUUGACAGUUGACAAGAUUCUGCUGGUGCAGAGAUUAGAGCUAUGCCAACCGAAUGAGACACCUUUGGUAGUGCUGUAUGACACUUCACAGGACGAUGACGUCAACAUCAACUCUGCCUGCCUGAAGGCUCUCCAGGACACUACAAUGAACAAUCCAUUGUCUUUAAAUGCUACCUACAGGGAGGUCUGUGUGACACACGUGUGCGAAGAUGGCAUCUACUGCCAAUUACCAUCCAGAGGAAAAGCAAGACUCAGCAAGUUGCUGCAACAAACAGAGGCCAUCUUAAAUGCUCAGGUGUCGUCUGAGCCCCUGGUCUCAAGACCCUUUAUUGGCAAGAUCUGUCUAGCCCGAUAUAAAGGACAGUGGUUUAGAGUGGAGGUCACUAACAUGUAUGGCUCCAGAGUGAUGGAAAUCAGCUUCAUUGACAUUGGGGUCUCCGCGACUGUAGAGGUCACUGAUCUGCGAGAGAUUCCUCCUCCUCUCCUUAAAGAUUCAGUCAUCAUUCCAGCACAAGCCGUCAAAUGCCGCCUAGCUGACCUCCCAAUUCCAGAUGAUGACUGGAGCCCCAAAGUUGUUCAGUGGCUGAAGGAGACUGUGCUGGGCUCAGAAGAUUGUACAAUAAAGAUUGUAAAAUUGGAAGAGCACAAAGGGAACAGACUGGUUCACAUGUACCUCUUCGUUGGUGUGGACAGUCAGGAUCUGGACAAAAGCGUCAAUCGUCAGCUGGCCAACUCGUGGGCCUUAUUUUCAACACGGAAAAACAAUGCCACUAUUAGCAAUAACAUCAAUGAGGAAACGGGCCUCUGUGCUCUAGUUCAGAUGUUGACACUAGACAGCUCGGCCCCCGGCCCCAAUGGCAAGCCUUCAGGCCAGCCUCAUCAAGGAUCAGAGGACCUGUCUUUCCAGAAUACAGCCUCCAUAAGUCCGACGCUGCCACUUCCACUGCCUCCUCCGCUGGUUCUUCCCCAGCCUGGACAAAAUAUGGAUGUGUUUGUGUCAGUGGCCUGCCAUCCUGGUCACUUUGUGCUGCAGCCAUGGCAGGACCUGCAUAAGCUGGAGGUGUUAACGGGAGAGAUGAUCCUUUAUUAUAAUCAGACAGAAAACACCCAGUCAGCUGUAGACAUCCAGAAACAGGAGGUCUACGCCGCCAAAAUGGAUAAAACCUGGCACCGUGUGCAGGUGAAGGGGGUUCUGACCAACGGCUGGGUCUCUGUCUAUGAGCUGGACUACGGCAGACACGAGCUGGUCCGCAGCACCUUCCUCAGGCCUCUGCUGGAGGAGUUUCGACAGCUGCCCUUUCAGACUGUCACUGCACAGCUGGCAGGUGUGACGCAGACCAGCUGGUCAGAGGAGGCCUGCAUGUUGUUCAGAAACCACGUGGAGAAGCGAGCUCUCGUAGCCCAAAUAGAGAGCGUGCAGGAGUUGUCUGAGGUUAAGGGUGGGUCGUGGGAGCGCAAGCUGACCGUCUACCUGGUGGACACCACAGUGGAUGAGAGAGACCUUUGGAUUCACAGCAUCAUGGCUGAUAUCAGCAGUAAUCUGUCUUCAGCUGCGUAGGAUGAGAGCAAACAGUGAUCUGACAAUGUGGUCAAACAAUUCUAGCCUUUCGAAUCGUGUGCAUCAAUGCCAGAGCCUUGACUCUUGGAAAAAGACUAUUUCUGUUGGAUUUUUUUUCUAAAUUCUAAGACAAUAUAGGUUGAACGCAGUAAACCAUACAGUGUGAUCAUAUGGUUCAACCCAUCUGUUCUUUUUGGUUCUUUUGGAGACCGGUUGCCAGUGUGUUAAGUUAAACACAUAUUUUUUGAAGCAGAACUUUUUACUUCAUCCUCCCCAUUAAUCACCCUGAGUCACUUAUGUAAGUCUUUGAGCGGAACCCAAGCCCCUACAUGCUGAUCUAGGCUGGGACCACUGGACUCGACCAAGAACCCGGCUGUAACUUGUUACACACUAACUAAUCCUAACUUCCGAACAUGUAUGCAGAUUGUUAAUACCACCUUAAAAUCAUUUUUUUUCUCCGGCAGCCAAUUACAUUUUCUGUACAUAUUUUCUACUGUAUUUUGAGAUGUUUCUAUAAUAAAACCGUCACCUGUU